AUGGCCAACACCAGAGAGACGGUCAAUGCACCGUCGCGAUCUCGAAAGGACACCACUCUCUCCCGGCGAUAUAUCGAAGGCUUGAUUUCAGAGGGCAAGCAUGUUAUUAUCUUCGAGAACAGAGUGCUCAAGGUGGAUGCUUGGAUUCCCUAUCACCCUGGAGGUGACAAGUCCAUUAAACAUAUGGUUGGGAGGGAUGGAACAGACGAGAUCAAUGCAUUGCAUUCAAAAGAAGCUCGCCAGCGCAUGCUUUCCUACCAGAUCGGUCGCAUCGAAGGACCGUGGUUGAACUUCCUCCCUCCGAUCCAGGGCGGGAAGUUCCGUCCUUAUAGCGAAGACGCCAGCUCGACCGAUGAAUAUAGCUCUGACCAAGAGAGCUCGAAUCCUCCCUCCCCGGUAUUCGAUGCGGCAGACUCAAAGCCAGGCUUGCGUCGACGAAAGUCAACUUCUACGGAUACCUCGGUUUCGUCUCCGGAGAGUGAAGAGUCUGAGCCCAAGCCUUUCUUCCUCGAUGCGCGAACCAAGGAGGAGAUUCGUUUUGAUACGGCCAAGUACCCGUCUCUUGACCAGGCGAACCAGGAUAGCAUUCGACAGAAGUAUCGUCAGCUGGACCAGCGGAUUCGUGCGGAAGGCCUCUACAACUGCAACUAUUUUUCGUAUUUUAUCGAAUGCUGUCGCUACACCCUGUUCGCAGCGCUGUCAUACCUGUUUCUUCGUUUGGGUUGGUAUGGAACAUCGGGAUUCUUCCUAGGCUGCUUCUGGCACCAGCUCGUCUUCAGCGCCCAUGAUGCUGGCCAUAUGGGAAUCACGCAUCACUUCCACGUCGACAGUGUCAUUGGAAUAAUUAUAGCGGAUUACCUUGGAGGACUAAGCUUGGGCUGGUGGAAACGCAAUCACAAUGUCCAUCAUAUUGUCACCAACGCUCCCGAGCACGACCCUGACAUCGAGCACAUGCCUCUGUUUGCCAUCUCGCAUCGCUUUCUCACCAGUCUCCGAAGCACGUACUAUGAGCGCAUCAUGGCCUUUGACGCCGCGGCUAAUUUCAUGCUGCGGUAUCAAAACUACCUCUAUUACCCCAUUCUUAUGUUUGGCCGAUUCAACCUUUAUCGUCUGAGCUGGGAGUACCUGCUCUGUGGUCAAGCCCCGAAAAAGGGUCCUGCCUGGUGGCACCGCUGGUUCGAGCUGGCAGGCCAAGUAUUUUUCUGGACUUGGUUUGGCUACGGUGUGCUCUAUUGCACGAUCCCAGACUGGAACAGCCGUAUACUAUUUAUCAUGAUUUCUCACAUGGUCACCUCUCCACUCCACGUCCAGAUCACGCUUUCCCACUUCGCCAUGUCCACCGCUGAUUUGGGUGUCCACGAGUCUUUCCCCCAGAAGAUGCUUCGCACCACUAUGGAUGUCGAUUGCCCGACUUGGUUGGAUUUCUUCCACGGUGGCUUGCAGUUCCAGGCCAUCCACCAUCUUUACCCGCGCAUCCCACGCCACAACUUGCGUCGGACCCAGAAACUGGUUCUGGAAUUCUGUCGCGAUACCGGCAUUCCUUAUGCCCUGUUCACGUUCGUUGACGGCAACAAGGAAGUCAUUGGUCGACUUGGCGAUGUAGCAAAGCAAGUUCGAAUUCUAGAAGAAUGCAGGAAGUCGUGCGCAGAGCAGGGUGUCUUCUCAGACCACCACUAA